UUUCAUGUGUUGGGGUAUGACAGAGUAAAUAAUGAUUCCUGUAAUCAUUUAAUGACAUUUGAAAUGAAUUCAUUCAUUACAGAAGGAGUGAGGUCUCAUUAAGUUCCGUGUGAGCAGACAGCCGGUCUCCGGUCGGUGGCUGAGUGUGCCGGCCUUCACACUGACUGUAUUUCUCAGUAUUGACGUGUUGUUUGCAGAUGGAACAGGAGGGUUGAUCUCUGCCUCCAGAGGUCAUUCUCACUACAGUUGCCACUUGUUGCCAAAAGCAGCUCGGGGAUCCACCAUUCAACACUAGACACAUUUCAAGUAUUUACUCAGCCAACUACCGAGACCUACAUGUCUGGAUGUUGAACGCGGAGCGUUACCAGGACUGAAGGAAGACUCUUGCGAUCCUGUUGAUAAUAUUUCGGCGCAUCUGACGGAGAGAAGCAUGGUUGAUAACACAACUAUAGCAACUAAAUCUGCUUUGCAAGGCUCUUUCUCGUCCGCCAGCAGCGUUCCGCUCCAAGCCCCCUCCGCCUCCUCCCACAGCCCGUUCCCCGGCGCCCAGUCCCACCAGCCCGGCAGCGGCGGCAUGAAGCUCGAGGCGGUCAUGGAGAACCUGCAGCGGCAACAGGCAGCGCGGCUGGCCCUGGAGGAGAAGCUCCGACAGGCGGAGACAGAGAAAGAUCUCCGCUCCAUGGUAGAGUCCCAGAUACACCAACAAGCUCUGGCUUUCCGCCACUACCAGGCGGCGAUGCGAGGCGCCCUGGCCGCCGGAGUUGCCAACUCGUCCUCCGGAGUGACGCUCCCACACAUGGAGGUCUGCAGAGCCGACGAAGACGGGGACUCCCCCAGACCGGGCAGCGACGACAAGGAGCGGGACGAGGAGGAGGAUGACACGGAUGAGCACGGAAUCAUGAAUGAAGAGGAGGAGGGCGAAGACGAUGUCGAGUUGAACCACUACCAACACCGACAGUCCUCGCUCCAGGGAGCCUGUCUGCCUCCACAGAGCGCACCGAUGCACCUCAUGGCCAGAGUCCCGGCGGCCUUCGCCCGCCGCGCAGAGUCUCCAUCGGCACAUCCCCAGUCCCAGCACCACGAAUGGACGUAUGAGGAGCAGUUCAAGCAGUUGUAUGAAUUGGAUGACGAUGAAAAGCGCAAAGAGUUUCUUGAUGACCUUUUCAGUUUCAUGCAGAAACGUGGGACUCCAGUGAAUCGGAUUCCUAUCAUGGCCAAGCAGGUGUUGGAUCUCUACAUGCUCUACAAGCUCGUCACAGAAAAAGGCGGCUUAGUGGAAGUCAUCAAUAAGAAAAUAUGGCGUGAGAUCACCAAAGGCCUUAACCUUCCUACCUCCAUUACCAGUGCAGCUUUCACUCUCCGAACACAGUAUAUGAAGUACCUCUACCCGUAUGAAUGUGAAAAGCGGGGACUGAGCUCCCCCGGUGAGCUUCAGGCAGCUAUCGACAGCAACCGGCGGGAAGGCCGUCGACAGAGCUACGGUUCCGCCAUCUUCAAUUACUCUCCUGUGGGCACACCCAACCUCCUGUCCUCGCCAAAGAUACAGAUGCCCCACCUAUCUAUGCCCACUCACAGCAGUGGCCAUAUCUCCCAGGUGCCUGUCAUCAAGAAAGUCUUUUUCUCUCCAGAGGAGCCCAUGAUGGCCAGCUGCCUGCCCGGACGAAUGGCCCUCCCUAUGUCACCCAGUGGCCAUCGUGCAGCCGUGGCUGCCCAGGCGGCGGCUCAGGCGGCAGCAGCGGCCCAGGCGGCGGCGGCCGUCCAGGCGGCAGCCCUGGAGCAGCUCAGAGAGAAGCUUGAGAGUGGCGAACCACCAGAAAAGAAGAUGAUGAUGGUGGCAGAGGAGCAGCAAAGGAUCAUGCAGCACGCCUUGCAGCAGAACCUGCUGGCAAUGGCCACCCAGCUGCCCCUCAGCAUCAAACUCAACAACAGGGAUGAUAGACAAGAGACCGCAUUGAACCUGUCUACCAACGGCAUUAGCAGCAUCAACAUGUCAAUAGAAAUAAAUGGAGUUGUCUACACAGGUGUCCUGUUUGCUCGACAGUCGGCCAUAGCGGCGAUGGCGGGACACCGUGGGAGACACAGCAACUGUCAGACUCAGGGAAAGACGAGUCCCACACAGUUCCAGCCCUCCUGCUCCUCGUCCUCGUCCUCAUCCUCUUCCUCGCUCCACGGGCACAGAAACUCAUCCCCCUGAGUUUCCUGUCCCCCCCCCCCUCCCCGCCUCCUCUUCCCACCUCACCAGGGAGGAGAUCCAUUUUCUUCGUAAACAGGCAGUUGGAGACAUGAUCAUCAGAUGAACUUUGAUUGUUUUAAGGUGGCUUUUUCUCCAUCCACUCAAUCAGAUUUCUUGUAGGUCCGCUAACAACAGAUUGAAAAGCAGUAAAAAAAAAAAAUUAAAAAAAAAUUAAAAGACGCCCCCUUCCUCCCCCCUCCCUGCUCCUCCUGCUCUGAAUUAGCGAUGUGAUUCAAGGACUUUUAACCUUUGUGUGUUACCAUUGUCUUUCACCAUCUCAAAGACUUGUGUUCAGUGUGGAACAGUUCCAAAGCAUGGUUGUCCAUCGACUUAAGGUGCAAACUGGAUGAAGCCAAAUGAAGACUUCUUCUCGUGCACCGUUUCAAUCAGAAGAUGAGGCAGCAAGAAGCUUUCUGACAGACCUCAGAACCUCACUGCUUACAGCUGAUACCAAAGAAGAAGCAAAUCUCUGCUGGUUUAACACAUCCAGCGUAUACAGUGAUCUCUAGCGCCGAUGAUCAAACCUGAAGAUUAUAGCAGGAAUUACAACCAGACAAAGCACAUCCCACGUGGAGAUCAUUGUGUAUUUCAGAAUGAGCUGUCAGCCAUACAAGACACUUCAGUGUGCUCUAGUGGUGCACGGUAUCAAAAAUUAUAAUUAAUCAAGUUACUCCAAAGUAGUUGCCACAUAGAUGACCUGGGUCUUGGUAAACCAGUUGGUAAUCCAGCCCUGUACAUUAUAGACGCACAUGCUGAGAGCACAUGGCAUGAAAGAAGGUGAAGAAAAUGAGAAGCUGCACAUGCCUACAGUCAGUUCAUCUUCAUUUAAAGGCCACGUUCAUCUGUUCCACAGACUGCACAGUGACUAAUCGUAUGUGCUGCUCACAGCUCCUGCAUAAAGACCUCCAGUAUGGCCACUGGAAAGAGUGUUACAUCUACAUUCUUGGAAGUUCUUUACUGUGGAAGGCUGCUGAUUAGUUUAGUCUUUUUUUGCUGUGUCACUUAUAAGUGUCACUUAUUUUGACAUGAUAUAUCUGAUGACCUGAUCACAAGAGCACGUUACGUUGAUCAUGGAAUAAAUUAUUAUUAAAACAAGCUCACUGGUCAAAAUCACAGAAUAUCUUUCUGUUGAUUACAAAAACAAAAGAUCAAAUCAUGUAUCUCCUUCUUCCAGAGUAUACUGCUGAGACAAUAACAGAUUCAAUUGAUAUGAUGAAGCAGUGUUUCCGCUCCGAUGCUUUCCUCAUUCAUGAUGGUAAAUACUGCAAUCAACAUCAUUGCUCCACUGGUCGUGGUUAGAAAUACUUACAAAAGUUUGGUCGGGCCGCACGUGAGAUUGCAUUGUUCGUUGGAGAAAUCUCCUGCAACUCACAUACAUGAAAAUACUAGACUAGAAAAUAUCAGCGGUAUUUGUUAAGCAUAAGACAGAAGCACAAAGCUGAUGGAACAUUGGCUGACAGAGACUUGGGAAGAAAAGAGAAUCCUGAGAUGGCAUUAUUAUUAUUAUUGCUGGAGAAAUGGCUGUGAUAGUAAAGAAUAGAGCACUUCAGCCUUUAGGCAGCAGGUGAACAGAAAAAGAGGAAAGCAGACAUCCAAAGAUGUGUUUGUCUGCAGGACGUCAGUCAUGCUGUAGUUUUAUAUUGUGAAUAGAAUGCAGGUUUCUUUUUUUUAGUAAUGCACUUGUGUCUAACAUCAGAGAGCUUCUGCCUCUUUCAUUUCUCUCUUUCUCUCUUUCUUUCUUUCUGCUUUCAUAAAGAUAUACAAAUAUUUUCUUUAUUGUGAAGGGAAAUGGGAACAAGUUUGAAGAUAUAUGGGUUUUUAUUAAGUCUGUUUAAGCAUUUAAUUGCAGAUUUUAUUUAUUGUGUUUCAUAUUCGAUUCUGCAUUCAACUCCACCGUUUUAUUUGCAAACCCUUUUUAAGAGUCUUGUUGAAUGCAGAUACCUCACCAAUCUACCUGUAUAUAGUCAUAGUAAAGUAUGAAUACAAGAUAUACCUCAUAAAUUUCAUUUAUUUUUAUUGUACAGCCACUUGAAAAUCUAUGUUUUACUUCAGCUGAUCACUGGAUUUUUUUUUCUUAUUUCAUAUUUUGUAUGGUUAUACCAAAGAAGGGAAUAUUUUAUUGACACACAUCUACCUCAUUUGUUAUAGACUGUGCCAACAACCAUGUCCACAAUCUUAAUUGCCAGUGUAUUCAUGGUGUUUCAUAUCCAUGUGUUUGUGUGAACACAGAACACUUUUCAGUCAAAGAAAAAAAACCCCAGAAGAUUAUAGCAGAGAAUUAAGGAACAAGUGCUUUUUAUGUUGGGUGUUGUGCCGGCACAACAGAACAGCCUUUUGUGACACACAGUAGAGACGCUUAUUAAAACAAAUGCAAUCUGCAUGAAAACAUGAACAUGAAGAGGAGGACAUCACUUUGUAACAAUGAGGUGUCCUGUCAGCAGUGGGGCCUGAGGACAGCAGACGUGUCAUUCGCUCACUUCAUAAAAAGGUCUUAGCUCUACUCUGGUUUCAUAGUCUCUAUGUAAUGGUAUAAAUAAGCAUGUGUGCUGAUUUAUGCAAGAUGUUUUUUUUGUAGAUUUCUACAUUUUUGCUGAUGAAGACUGAGAUGCAUUUGCAAAGGACCUUUGAGCUGAGAUCAUACUGUCAUACAUUCUGUUCCUGUGGUCAGAAUUAGAGCCAAUAUUAACUUAUCAGCCCUGUGUAUAACACUGACUGAUAAUUAAUAAGAAAUGUCAAAGAAAGAAUUGCCUACCAGAGAGCAUAGUUUAUUUUUACACCAGAUGUCUCACUGUAGCUGUUGGUAACACUGUGGGAACCAUUCUGGCGUGAUCUUGUGAUUUUGUGAUGAAGUCAGUUACAUUUAAGGACCCACAUUAAAAAUAAUAAUGCUUAAUGUGUAUUAAAAAGAACAUCACAAGACAAAUAGAGGGUAAUUUUUUGGAUUUUUCUCAAACAGUCAUAUCAGUAUCAACCUCAAAAAUCUAGUAUCAGUUGGGCUAUAGUCAAGAUUGAUGUUCUGUGCUCAAGUACUCUAUAUGCAUGUUUGAUUAGGCCACACGUUGAAUUGCCUGUGUUACCAAUUCUGCAUUUUUCUGCCACACACAGCUAAAAUGUGAUCUGGCAUUUUGUGGGAACAGAACUGGAGGAGCCCACUACAACUGAAAAGCUCAUACUUUAAUAAUAAGGUGUGUGCAGGCCACUAAAGUUUGAAGGUCUUUGUUUCAUUUUGUGUGACAGUCUUCAGUCAGCAAAGGGUACAUAAGCAGAUAAACUGAGAUCCUGCAGGUAUUAAUUUUCAGGCAAUGGAAUAGAUUUUAGGAAGAACAAGGAUUCCCAGUAUUCAGUCCCAGUUAGUCCAUCUUGGUCACUUUGUUCCAGAUACACAUCUACUGGCCAAAUUUGCUACAGAUGUUCAUAGUCCCCUGAGGGUGAGUUUAAGAGGUCUUGUGGACCUCUCCACCUUGACUCCAACACCAUUAGGCCAAAACUCCACUACUGCUAAGGUUUUAGGAUUUCUAUAAAUCUGACUGCCUUGUUGUGUCCUUUUUUCUCUCUCAUCUUUUGGAGUUGUUGUCUUCCUCACUGUGCAGGGUUUCUCAUGCAGAUUGUCCACAGUUCUCAAUUUAAAAUGCUAUGACUAGUUAAUGUUCAUGAUGACGGCGUGACACUCCAGGCUGAUUACUGGUGAUAAAGCUAAUAAUAUAUUGUGUGACUAUAUGUAUAGAUGGUGAUGUUGAAAUUGUACAAACACAAUCGUGCAGCAGAGGACAAUCCUCAGCUACUAAGAUGAGCUGGCUCCUCAGCUGUUAGUUAAGCGGUUUGAGGCGAUUCUUUCUAAUUGUCGUGCUUACUUGAAAUGUGUUCUAAAGCAAUCAGAGAAUUCUGCAGGUAGAUAUGGCAAAGGUCCAAGACAAGAGUCACUUUCUCAAACUUGGUGUUACAGCUUUGAGCACUGAAUCAUGGUUAAAAAUGACUAUCAGACCAAUAUAAAUGGACUUUUUUUUUCUCAAACCAGCUGGACUAGACAGACCUUCCUGAUCUGGAAAAUCUGAGCAUUGUUUCAUAUCAUUCUGGUAGAGUUUAGGUCUCCUCAGACCUCAGAAGUUAUGGUAUAUUGUCUUAUGGCAUCCAAGGUUAUGGAAGUAAAAAUCCACCUUGUCUCCAAUCAACAGUCAACAUUUGUUUUUUAAUGUUUUUUUCAUUUUUAGAAAUGUCGUUUCUAACAGUUUCAGCAGACAUCUACAGAAACCCCUAACCCUAACAGUAACCCUAACCCCAAUUGGGUAAUGGGGUAUGAAAUAUACUUAGAUGGGGCAUUUCGGCAGACAGUCAUUUUGCAGACUUUGUUGAUUUUUUUCCUCUGACUGACCAUAGCAACAGCAGCUGACACCCAACGCUAUAGUAGUCAUUAAAUCCAUCUGCCAUACCAAUCUGUCAACAAAGAAAGUUGACAUGAUUCAAAGUGACAGCCACAACAUAAACCUGACAGAUAAUUAAGUUAUCUGUCAGGUUUAUCUGACUCCCCUGUUUCUGUGUUGAGGAACAUUGAGGAGAUCAUUAAAAGAGAACAGAACAUAAAAAACUGCUUCUCCCACUCCCACCACUCUGUAAUGCACUUUCAUAACAAGUCUGAUGCUGAUGUCCAGGUUCUGGAGGGCUGGCUGGGGUCCAUUCAACAUUUGAUAUAACGAAUUAUAUUCAAGAAUAGCCACAAUCCAGAAACAUCAGAGUAUGUAUCACAGUCCUAGACCAAAAACAUUCAGCUUUCAGAUCAGGACAUUUCAGGCAACCUUCUUGUUUUGUCCACCCUAAAUGUUGCAACUGCCUACCACCUGAGUGUUUGCGUUUUCAACUCUAUUUUCUCCCCAUAAUACAUUUUAAAAAUCUGAGUGACUGAAAUGUCCAUGAGAUGACCACCCAGGGUUGUGAUGCACAGUAUGAUGCCUCUGGAUCAGGGCUCAUUCAGGAUAGUAUGCAGUUUCUACUUCCAUGAUCCAGGAGCUCCUGGCAGGAGAGCCCUGUCUCUUAUUCUCUCUUUCUAAAUGCAGCACCGGCACAGUCUAGUCCUCAUGACUGUCUCUUCCUCAGCCCCUCCUAAUGAUGCCAAUAAUUCAACAUUUCACAUGACUGUGAGGCCACAGCAUGAAUCACUGGCAUUUUUCUCACCAAAGACUUUUUUCAAGCUGUGACCACGCUCACCUGAUUUUUAGGUCAUAACCAACAGCAGAGCAGACAAAGCAAAGAGAGUAAUCGCUCUGCAUGCAGAAAAAAAGUGAAUUGACUUAUGUAAUCAAAUAACAUGUUGUUUACUUUGUAUUUUAGCUAUGCUAUGCUAGUAGUUUGUAGACACUAAUCGCUUUAUUAUCUGUGUAUGAAGCUUUAAAUGUUUCUUUUAUUACCCUUUCGUUCAUCUUGGAUGAAUCCAGUGUAUUAUGGGAAUGCUGGAUUGUGGUGCUCAGGGGUUAAAAAUGUACAAAAAAGUGAAAGAGAUUUUCCUGUUUUGCCAUUUGACUUGUAGUGUAUUUAGAAAUAAAA